CCUCUGUCAGCCUCCACCUUCCCAUUCCCCAAUUUAACCUUACAUGCAGGAAGUUCUGAAUGUACCUGUCAGUCUUUUGCUGAACUUUGACUUUUGGAGGUGGGAGGCAGUGGGGAGGCCUUGACCCCUGCCCCUGGCUCUGGGUUGGUCAGUCAGCUCUGGACAACCUGCUCUGCCACCAAUUAGCCUUUGGGGGAAGAGCCUAAGGCUGUUUCCCUGCUGUGUGGAGUUUCUGCUCUAGCUGUUUUAAAUUCCAGCCAGUCCUCGGGGGAACCCUCCCCCUCCUCUGAUUCCUCUUAGCAGGCUUGGAGAGACCUGUCCGAGCUCUGGCCUGGACUACAUCUCCCGGCGUGCCUGGCAAACUGGUGGCCUCUCAGCGCCGGCUGCAUGGGUUGUAGGCGACAAUGCAGCGACGAGCAGUGAGCACGGUGUCCCUUCUGGGCUUGCGCUUGCAGGCGCUCCCCUCAGCUCUGCGUCGUCCACUCAGUAAUGCACAGGAUGUGCUCCAUAGGACGCCACUCUAUGACUUUCACCUGGCCCACGGAGGGAAAAUGGUGGCAUUCGCAGGUUGGAGCCUGCCUGUGCAGUACCAGGACAGUCACACUGCCUCGCAUCUGCACACGCGCCACCACUGCUCGCUCUUUGACGUGUCUCAUAUGCUGCAGAGCAAGAUACAUGGUCGUGACCGGGUGAAACUGAUGGAAAGUCUGGUGGUUGGAGACAUUGCAGAACUAAAGCCAAACCAGGGGACACUGUCACUGUUUACCAACGAGGCUGGAGGCAUUGUAGACGACCUGAUUGUGACCAACACUUCUGAGGGAUACCUGUAUGUGGUAUCCAAUGCUGGCUGCCGGGAUAAGGACCUGGCCCUCAUGCAGGCCAAGGUCAGGGAGCUGCAGAACAGGGGCAGUGAUGUGGGCCUGGAGGUAAUGGAUAAUGCCCUGCUGGCCCUGCAAGGGCCCACUGCUGCCCAGGUACUGCAGGCUGGCGUGGGACAUGACCUGAGGACACUGCCCUUCAUGACCAGUGCUGUGAUGGAGGUAUUUGGAGUAUCUGGCUGUCGUGUCACCCGCUGUGGCUACACAGGAGAGGAUGGUAUGGAGAUCUCAGUGCCUGCAGCAGGGGCAGUCCUCCUGGCGACAGCUCUUCUGGAAAACUCCGAGGUGAAGCUGGCCGGACUGGCAGCCCGAGACAGCUUGCGCCUGGAGGCAGGUCUCUGCCUGUAUGGGAAUGAUAUUGAUGAACAUACUACACCUGUGGAGGGAAGCCUCAGUUGGACAUUGGGGAAGCGCCGCCGAGCCACUAUGGACUUUCCUGGAGCUGAAGUUAUUGUUCCCCAGCUGAAGGGCCAGGUGCAGAGGAGGCGUGUGGGCUUGAUAAGUGAGGGGGCCCCUGUGCGGGCACACAGUCCCAUCCUGAACAUGGAGGGUACCAAGAUUGGUGCUGUGACUAGUGGCUGUCCCUCGCCCUGCCUGAAGAAGAAUGUGGCCAUGGGUUAUGUGCCUUGUGAGUACAGCCGGCCAGGAACAACGCUGCUGGUAGAGGUGCGGCGGAAGCAGCAGAUGGCUAUGGUCAGCAAGAUGCCCUUUGUGCCUACAAGUUACUAUACCCUCAAGUGAGGAUGGCUCAGGGGGGAACUCUCCCCUUCAGGAGUCUUGCCCUGGAAAGCAUUCCACAGAGGGUUAGUCAGGAAGUGUAGAACUCACAGUGGGUGGGUAGUUAGCUCUAGUUUGGUUGGGGGGUCCUUAAUACCUGUUUUUCUGCAACCUCAGGUUGACUUCAAUUUGGGACCCUAUGUUCAAUGCCAUUUCAGCCCAUGAUCCCACUGACCCCACUCUUGUCUUUUGGAGGCAAGAAGUUAUAGCUGUUGCCAUUUUGCCUGCUUUGCCAAGGCUCACCUCUGAAGGGAGGAAUACAUCUGCCUGCCAACCUACCUCAUCAUGGUUUUUCACGAUGCAAAGGGUUGUUACUAUGGGAAAUGCAGUCUUAGGCCGCCACCUCUGGUAUGCUUUCCAUAAAUGCAAACUGCUGACUCUCCCUGUGCAGGAAGGAUGCCUGACUCAUGGGCUGGCUCAAUAGGGCUCUACUAGGUUUGUACUUUGAACUUGGGAGGUGACCGAGGGGACAUGUUCUCAUUCUUUCCCGUUCCCAGGUUGGCCUCGCCAUGCUUUACUGUGGCCGGCUUGCCACUUAUUCUGAGCUCCAGGACUCUGGCAUGGCAGGCAAACAGGCA